CCACCGGGAAGGCCUGAGGAGGGGCUCCAGGGCCAGGUGAGGGGCAGGCGGGACUGUCUGCCUCUGGCUCCUCGGCUGAAGCCGCCCCAGGGAGGGUCAGGCGAGAAACUUCCCCUGUCUCUGCGGCCCGUUGGCCAUGAGUGAACUCCACUUUUUGACCCCUGCGGGGUCCUCGGAACUCCAGGUAAACAGAAGCUCUCAGUGCUCCCUAGAGGAGGUUCCUGCAGCUGCUUCUAAGCCUCGACACAGCCUGGGCAUUCUCCAUGCCUCCUACAGUGUCAGCCAGCGCGUGGGGCCCUGGUGGGACAUCGCGUCUCGUCGACAGAAGUGGACCAGGCAGAUCCUCAAGGAUGUCUCCUUGUACGUCGAGAGUGGGCAGAUCAUGUGCAUGUUGGGGAGCUCGGGCUCGGGGAAAACCACCCUGCUGGACGCCAUGUCCGGGAGGCUGCGGCGCACGGGGACCCUGCUCGGGGACGUGUUCGUGAACGGCCGGGCGCUGCGCAGGGAGCAGUUCCAGGACUGCUUCUCCUACGUCCUGCAGAGCGACAGUCUGCUGAGCAGCCUCACGGUCCGCGAGACGCUGUGCUACACGGCGCUGCUGGCCAUCCGCGGCGGCUCCCAGGGCUUCUUCCAGAAGAAGGUGGAGGCAGUCAUGGCAGAGCUGAGUCUGAGCCACGUGGCAGAUCGGCUGAUUGGCAACUACAACUUUGGGGGAAUUUCCCAUGGUGAGAGGCGCCGGGUCUCCAUCGCAGCCCAGCUCCUCCAGGAUCCCAAGGUCAUGCUUUUUGAUGAGCCAACCACAGGCCUGGACUGCGUGACUGCAAAUCAGAUCGUUGUCCUCAUAGCAGAGCUGGCUCGCAGGGGCCGCAUCGUGAUCCUUACCAUCCACCAGCCCCGCUCCGAGCUCUUCCAGCUCUUUGAUAAAAUUGCCAUUCUGAGCUGCGGAGAGCUGGUUUUCUGCGGGACACCGGUGGAGAUGCUUCAUUUCUUCAGUGGCUGCGGUUACCCUUGUCCCGAACAUUCAAACCCUUUUGAUUUUUAUGUGGACCUGACAUCAGUGGAUACCCAAAACAAAGAACGGGAAAUAGAAACCUACAAGAGAGUCCAGAUGAUUGAAUCUGCCUACAAAGAAUCAGCAAUGUAUCGUAAAACCUUGGAGGAUAUUGAAAGAACAAAACACUUGAAAACAUUACCAGUGAUUCCUUUCAAAACCAAAGAUUCUCCUGGAGCCCUUUCUAAACUGUGUGUUCUCUUGAGGAGAGUGACGAGAAACUCAAUGAGAAAUAAGCUGGCGGUGACUAUGCGUCUCACUCAGAAUCUGAUCGUGGGUUUGUUCAUCGUUUUCUUCCUUCUACGGGUCCAGAACGACGUGCUAAAGGGCGCCAUCCAGGACCGUGUGGGUCUCCUGUACCAGUUUGUGGGCGCCGUCCCGUACACGGGCAUGCUCAACGCUGUGAACUUGUUUCCUGUGUUGCGAGCCGUCAGCGAUCAGGAGAGCGAGGAUGGCCUGUACCAGAAGUGGCAGAUGCUGCUAGCCUACGUGCUGCAUGUGCUCCCCUUCAGUGUCAUUGCCACCAUGAUCUUCUGCAGCGUGUGCUACUGGACUCUGGCCUUAUACCCUGAGGCUGCAAGAUUUGGAUAUUUCUCUGCUGCUAUCUUGGCCCCCCACUUAAUUGGUGAAUUGCUAACUCUUGUGCUACUUGGUGUGGUCCAAAACCCAAAUGUGGUCAACAGCAUGGUGGCCCUGCUCUGCAUUGCUGGGGUGCUUGUGGGCUCUGGAUUCCUGAGAAACACAGAAGAAAUGCCCCUUCCUUUUAAAAUCUUCAGUUAUUUUACAUUCCAAAAAUAUUGCUGUGAGAUUCUUGUAGUCAAUGAGUUCUAUGGCCAGAAUUUCACUUGUGGCAACUCAAAUGGUUCUAUGUCAACUAAUCCAAUGUGUGCCUUCAGUCAAGGAAUUCAGUUCAUUGAGAGAACCUGCCCAGGUGCAACGUCCAGAUUCACAGCCAACUUUCUGAUUUUGUAUUCAUUUAUCCCAGUUCUUGUCAUCCUAGGAAUAAUUGUUUUUAAAAUCAGGGAUUAUCUCAUUAGCAGAUAGUAAAGAACAUUGCUGCGAAAUGGAACUUAAGCUCCUAGAUGUACAUGACUGCUUUGAAUUUCUGAAAUAAGAAUGUUACGUGAUUCUUAGUAGUACCUCGUAAGACUUUUAACCAUUAAGACUCCCUGUGCCCCUUGGAUCCAUGCAGGCCUUGAAUGCUAUUCCAGGAGGGACAUGUGGUAUUUGGAAAUUGUGACUGAGCUGGUCCAAAGAUGUUCAUAAUAAUUCAUAAAGUUAUGGGAGACUAAUGUGACUAUUUGUUUUCUUUGUUCUAGACACAGAAAAAUAGGUCAGUUAAAGCUUAUGCUUACAUUUGAUAAAGGCUUUGGUAAAAAAGAAAACAUUUGAAUGAUUGUAAGUAACAGAAAAAGUUGUGGUUUGAUUGAAGCAAAGCAUCACGCAGAAUUAGGUAAGAAUGCUUUCAUUUUCAUUUAAAAACCCUAUUUACGUGCACAUGUCUACAUAAGUUAACUGAUCACAUGGAGAGGAUGUUGGACAGACGUUGGAUAAAGACCCCUGACACAGAGCAGCCACUCAUUUUACUGAUGGUUAAAAUGAAAAAUGGCAGAAGUGGGCUGAACUGAGAACAGCACACUAGACAAAAAGAUUAGUUUGCUAGUUUUCACUUUCUGCUUAGUUUACUUAUAAAAUUAAAAGUAAAUGUUACUAAAGUAUAUGCACUGAGAAAUGACAUUUUUAAGGUUGGAGAGCAGCUGUUAUUUAAAGUCCACAUAGAAAAGAUGCUCAACUGACACAACAUUUACACUAAGAACAGAAUCACACACUAGGAAUUCAUGUUCUUGAAUUGUAAAGAGAAAGAAUGCUGAUAAAUGUAUAUUUUUAGGGAUUAAAUUAUGUAUAUAGAUUAUUAAAAGUGGGUUCUGGACUAAAUGAUCUUUCUGAUCUCCAAGUAAUUCAUGUACAAGUCUGAAGUGAAACUGUCUUCAUGUUACCAUGGUAACUUUGAGUGAGAAUAUCUUAGAUAAUACAUGAACUUGUUCAGUUACUGUGACCUAACGUGUAAUGAAUGAUAAAUUAUAGUAUUUGAAAGAUCUCACAUUAUAGUGGGAAAGAUCAUUUCAUUAAGGAAACCACAGUAAAAUCCUAUUUCUUAGAACAGUAUUUAAGGAUCUGCAGACAUUGGUAAAGUACCAGAAUAGUAUUGUCAAUUUUUAUAAAAGGUCUUUGACACUGAUGAUUAUGGUAUAAUAGUUACAUAAUGUCUUACAGAUUAUAUAUGUCACAUCAGUUAUAGACAAUUCUGGAGAUGAUAAUCUAUUAAAGUAGUUCAAAGAGAGUCCCACAGGAACCUCUUUUGAAAUCACUGAUUUCGACUUACUAAAGAUAUGGGUGUACAAUGUAAGUGGAAACACUUUCUACUAUUCAUAUGCAGAUGAAUUUCAUUCUAGCUCAGACACACUUGGAAAAUUGACAUAGCACGUGACUUCAAGCUAUUAAAUGUUAGUGAUACCGUAAUCUUAGAAAAACACAAUGACUUUCAACAUGUGACAGUUUGUCUCAGUCAAAAAUGGACAGUGGGGCUUCCCUGGUGGUGCAGUGGUUGAGAGU